CGCUCACCACAACAUCUCCAACUCCAACGCCGAUCACAAGCAACCCCCGAUCCGACCUCCCGACCUCGACUGCAAUCAUGUCCGACUAUGGCGGCGGCGACGAUGAUAUGCGAGACCUCGGCGACCACGAGGACUUUGCGGACAACUUGAUCGAGGAGGAAGAAUUCGCCGAAGGUUACGACAAUGGUCAGGACAUGGACGUGGACCCAGAGAACAACGCGCAGACUGGCACCAACUUGAAUAGUACCGACUACCAGGACGCAAAUCAGCACAAUAUUGUCGCAAGUGGAGACCACGGUGGAGUAAAUUCAGUCAAGAGUGUCAGGAGCAAGAAGAUUGCAACGGACAAGAGGACGACCACGCCAUAUAUGACCAAAUAUGAGCGCGCAAGGGUACUGGGCACGAGAGCUUUGCAGAUCAGCAUGGGCGCCCCAGUACUUGUCGACGUUGAAUCCGAAACAGACCCUCUGCAGAUUGCGCUCAAGGAACUGCGCGAAAAGAAGAUCCCGCUGGUGGUGCGCCGAUAUUUACCAGAUGGCUACUACGAGGACUGGACCUGUGAGGAGUUGCUAUAAGUACUAGGUUUACUUACACAGCUAGGACCUGGGAAAGAUGCAGGUCUAGAAUGACCGCUAUUCAAAGACAGCGAGACGCGGACUUCGGAGGCUAUCAGAGUCACCUUCUGGCAGAAGGGCAUCCGUUGUCGCAAUCUGGCGUCUCCCGCAUGAGAUGUAUCACGCGGCGGACGAUGCACUCACAUGCCACACAAUCGCACGGUACAGAAGAAACAGAUCGAGGCGUGGAAGCAUUCAAAUGUGGUGCUGCAAGGAGAAUGGAGACGAACAAGCCUCCAACGAGGAUCGAGAUGAUUAGUCCCAGGAUAAGGGAAGAGUGUUGAAGUCACCAAGACAUGAGAAGGGUAACCAGCAAGGGCACUGACGAGGCGAGAGGAAGAUCAGACUCGAACAGAAUUUCGGCAUUUGCUUCAGCCAGUACACUACUACACCAUUGCCCCACUCAUCAACUCAUAUGUACGUACAGUACUCGAAGCUUCUGCUGACAUGCUUUCCACGCCGCGGGCAUCCAGCCCAGCCCGCAAUCCAGCCGCUUACCCCGCUGGUCCCUUGGCCUUUCCGUCAUCCUUUACCUAUUCUUCCGCCUGCCCUCCCACAUGUCUGGCAUCCAUUGGCGAAUCCUCUGUGCAACUUCUUUCUCGUUCUCUCCCUUCACCAAGCACACCGCCUCGCUCAGACUGACCCAGCGCACCAUCACCACCAUGUCGUUCGACACCACGGCCACCAUCAACAGCUUCGGCGGCAAGCUGCUCAAGUUGCAGCACAAGUCCCCAGUCCUCACCACCGAAGCAAAACUCAACCUCUACCUGCCCCCUCAGGCCAGUACAUCGAAGCCAGUACCUGUCCUCUUCUACCUCGCUGGUCUCACAUGCACAGGCGACAACGGCGCCGAAAAAGGCUUCUUCCAACACAAGGCCGCUGAAAAGGGCAUUGCGAUCGUGUACCCAGACACAUCUCCUCGAGGUCUCGGCCAUGCGGGCGAGGACGACUCCUACGACUUCGGGAGCGGUGCAGGUUUCUAUGUGGAUGCAACGAAAGACCCAUAUAGCAAGGGCUACAAAAUGUACAGCUACAUUACCAAAGAGCUCCCCGAACAGCUUUUCUCAAGCUUCAAAGAACUAGACGGAUCGCGAGUAUCGAUUUUUGGACACAGCAUGGGCGGCCACGGAGCUCUCACACUCUUCCUCAAGAACCCAGGACAGUACAAAUCCGUCUCUGCCUUCGCGCCCAUCAGCAACCCAUCGAACUGCGACUGGGGCAAGAAAGCCUUUGGUGGAUACUUUGGCGAAGAUCAGAAGCAAAAGUGGGCUGAACACGACGCCACGGAACUCAUUGGCAAGUUCUCCGGCGAAACAGAUAUCUUGAUCGAUGUUGGAACUGGAGACAAUUUCUACAAGCAAGGACAACUGCUACCAGAAAAUCUCGAAAAGGCUGCAAAGGCUGCAGGCAAGAAAGUGACUGUAAACUACCGGGAGGGAUACGACCAUUCGUACUUCUUCAUCAGCUCAUUCGCAGACGAUCAUGUGGAGCAUGCGGCCAAAUACUUGCUUGCGUGAGUGAGAUCUCUCUCUCUCAUGCAGCUAGCUGGAAGAGACUGCUGAUGGCAUUCUUUCUGUGGGCAGAAACGAAGCCGCUUCGCCGGCGAGGAAAAGACAAAAGCUAUAAAGACGAAUGGGAGGAUGCACGAAGGAGUGGAACGUUGGAAAAAGCUUUUGUCGUGCCAAUGAAUGUCGGGAGUAAUUCGAAGCAAAUCUAGAUAUACCCCAAGGAAUCGCCAGCGGCAAUUGAAUCAC